UCCUUUCAUUCUGUGUACUAAGAUUUUGUAACAUUGCCAAAUCACAACAAAUAUGGUAACCAUGGUAGAUAGAAAAAGAAAAAGCCUGUUUUUAUGUUACUUCCUCCGAGGAUUGUUCUCUUCCCUACAAUCCCACCAACCUCCAUUUACCUGUAAGAAAAAACAAACUAUCCCUAAGACCCUAACCUCCCUCCAAAAAAGUUCCCCAACCAGCAUGGCUCCAACUCUUUCACCUCCCUUGGCUGAUUGAGAAACAUUCACCCCUCAACAUAAAAAGGGACAGGACAGGAUGGCCUUUGGAUUCCCACCACAACAACCUUAUUAUUCCACUUCCUCCCCAUUCCUCGGCCUCCUGUCUUUCCUCCUGUUCCUCACCAACCACCACCAUGCUGCUGCUGCUGCCGCCACCACUGCCACCGGUGUCCACCUUGACGUCGUCCGCAAGCCUAUCCCGGACGUCCCCAUCUUCCGUGAAGCCCCUGCCUUUCGCAACGGAGAAACAUGCACCAAGGAAAGCAUCCACAUUUCCAUGACAUUGGAUUCAAACUACCUUAGAGGAACCAUGGCUGCUGUCCUCUCCAUCCUGCAGCAUUCCACAUGCCCGGAAAAUGUUGAGUUCCACUUCCUUUGGUCAAGCAGGUUUGAACCUCAGGUAUUCCUCAGCAUAAGAUCAACAUUCCCAUAUCUCAAAUUCAAAAUCUACCGCUUUGAAUCGAAUCGAGUACGCGGGAAAAUCUCCAAGUCCAUUCGCCAGGCGCUGGACCAGCCUCUAAACUACGCGCGAAUCUACCUCUCAGACAUGCUCCCUGCUUACGUGAAGCGCGUUAUAUACCUUGACUCUGACAUUGUCAUGGUCGAUGACAUCGCGAAGCUAUGGGAGGUGGACUUGCAAGGGAAGGUGAUGGCUGCGCCGGAGUAUUGCCACGCGAACUUCACCGAGUAUUUCACGGAUUUAUUCUGGUCUGAUCCCGAGCUGUCUCGCACGUUUGAGGGGCGGAAACCGUGCUAUUUCAACACGGGGGUGAUGGUGAUGGAUGUGGAGAAGUGGAGGGAGGGGAGGUACACGCAGAGGGUGGAGGAGUGGAUGGCAGUGCAGAAGCAGAAGAGGAUUUACCAUUUGGGGUCUCUGCCUCCUUUUCUUCUGGUUCUGGCUGGGGAGUUGAAGAGUGUGGAUCAUAGGUGGAACCAGCAUGGGCUUGGAGGGGACAACCUUGAAGGAAAAUGCAGGAGCUUGCAUCCUGGGCCUAUUAGUUUGCUGCAUUGGAGUGGAAAAGGAAAGCCUUGGUUGAGGUUGGAUUCAAGGAGGCCAUGCACUGUUGAUCAUCUUUGGGCACCUUAUGAUCUCUACCGUCCAAACACUCAUUCUUUGGAAGAAUGAAUGGGCGGAUCCUCUCCGGUCAACUUCUCUUUUUUUCUUUCUCCAUUCAUGAUUUGAGCCGUUGGUUUUAUAUCUAGCGGACGGUUAAUAUAAAAUUGACGCUCAGAUAUCAAAUGGAGAGAAUCAAGAUAAGUUGACCGGAGAGGAUCCAAAUUCAGGGGAUGAUGAGGGAGGAGGGGUGGCUAGCUCUAUCUAAUCAACAUCAUUGGUUGUGAUUGGGAAGCCUAGAAGUUUAAUAAAAGAAAAUAAAUGAGAGUUUUAAUUAGAAAGGGAUGGAAGAAAUUAAAACAAGAAAAGGUAUAAUAACUACCAAAAUAUCCUUUUUUUUAUUUUUGUUUUGCUCCUUUGAAAGACAUAAUUGAGAAUUUGUCAAGAGGAAAAAGGUUUCUAAAGUAGUUUGAUAAGACUUCGUUGAAACUGAUACCAGGGAAAUGAAGUAUUGAAGUAACAUAAUAAUACAGAGGCUUUUUGCAGCUGGAUAUUGAAGAACAAGAGCCAUUGUUCAAAGGGACUCCAGAGGCCAGAGUCAAAGGAAUAUUAGAUGUGUUUUCUGUUUUUUCCUAUCUUCUGGGAUUUUGGGUUGAAUAAGAAUGUUCCUUGGCAUUGGUUGUGGAUGAUGGUAUCAUUUGCAUCAGUGACUGGUUGCUGGAUGGAUGAACCUCGUCCAAAUUUAACUGUCAUUGAAAAUGAUAUCUAUGAAUUUGAUUAUUUUUUUAAUAUCUUGAUAGAUCUUGUACAUUUUUUCUUUUCAGCUCAGUUGUUGUUAGAUGAUUUUGACCGUUUCAAGUCAUAUUUUUGACUGAAUGUGCAUGUAACACAUUGUGGUUAUCUAUAAAAUUGAUCUUAAACAGUAUACGUACAGGCACAUAAAGCCAUAAUUAUAGUUAAACCUUA